GUGUGACAUUGCAAUUUUGCCUCCAAGCCGCUCUAGUUCUGCUCCAGAGCAACACACAGUAGAGAGAGAAAGAAGCCAAGAGAGAGAGAGGGGGAGAGGGAUGGCCUCGCCGUCAGGACCCGAAACUCCGUCGCCGAACAUCUACAUACCGCCGGAGUGGUCCGAGGCAGCAGACUGUAUAGCAUACGAUUCAGUCACUUGGCCGCCACCCAUUGCCUUAGUAUGUGGCGCUAAAAACUGCGGAAAAUCCACCUUUUCCCGCCACCUCCUCAACAUUUUUCUCCGGAGGUAUAAAAAAGUUGGUUACUUGGAUACAGAUGUCGGUCAACCGGAGUUCAGUCCUCCUGGUUUUGUAUCUCUCACUGUAAUAGAUGAAGCCACUCCAGAUUUGACAAUCCCGCAUCUGAAGACACCGGAGAGAUGUCUUUUCUUUGGUGAUGUUUCUUCGAAGACGAAUCCUACAACAUACUUGAAUUAUAUAUUUUCUUUAUAUGAUUACUAUAAGAAGGAAUACUGCUUAUCUGACCAGAGUGAUAGACCUACCAAGACUGGAUUGCCUCUUGUUGUGAAUACACCUGGCUGGGUGAAAGGUGUUGGUUAUGAUUUAUUGGUGGAUAUGUUGAAAUAUAUUGCCCCUACCCAUGUUGUUAAAAUAAACAUAUCAGCCAAGAGUAAGAAUCUACCAAGUGGGGCAUUCUGGUUAGAUGAGGAUCAUGAUGCUAUGCUAAAUCUGAUAGAGAUCAAUUCAGCUCGUCAGGACUCUUUCAAUAGAUCGGUUCUAGUACAAAAGGAUGCACGUCUGUUGCAUGAUGUACGAAUACUGGCUUAUUUCAGGCAGUGCUUUUCAAGUAGCCUAAACAUUACUACAAUCAAAGAACUUGCUAAUGCUCUGGCCUCUCAACCUCCUUAUGAAGUUCCAAUAUCUAGCAUCAAGAUUAGACAUCUCCAUUGUCAGGUCCCAGGUGCUGAGAGCUUCUACAGUUUGAACGCAACCAUUGUUGGCUUGGCAGUUAGCUCUGGAGGAUCAAAAGAUUUACCUUGGUGUGUUGGUCUUGGAAUUGUGAGAGGCAUUGACACAGUCAAAGGCUUGCUAUAUGUGAUAACACCUGUUCCAAGAGGCACUCUGGAGAAGGUCAAUCUUUUCCUGCAAGGUUAUAUCCAAAUUCCUACUGUGUUGUUGCAGGUGCAGGGCUGCAUAUCGCCUUACAUGUCUGCAAAUGUUCUCUCAACAAGCUAAGCUCGUUCACAGUUGCUUGGGUUUCAAACAACAUCCUUUACAGUCAUUAAGCUAAGUUUUAUCCCACCAUGCGAGAGACUGACAACCAAUAGGUCAGCUUGCAUAUGGAAUUCCAAAUAGACGAUAUUUUUUUAUCGCAUGGAUUUGAUAGUAAAGGAAAUGUGAAAUGGUUAUCUAUGAACUACUGGAUGUGGUGAUUACACAAUUAGCAAAAUUACAUUUUCGUUGAAACUCGUACACAUAUAUCAAAAGUAAUUGUUGUUGCUGUGA